GGAAAGUCGCACUAGUCCGCCCUUUUCCGGCGUGAGGGGCCGGAAGUUGUGGCCUGGCCGUGUCAACUAGGGGGCUGCUGGCUGAGAGUGCGGCUGAGACCGCGACCAUGGGCGGGAAGAACAAGCAGCGGACCAAGGGGAACCUGAGGCCUUCAAACAGUGGCCGAGCUGCAGAACUGCUUGCCAAAGAACAGGGAACGGUGCCUGGAUUUAUUGGUUUUGGAACAUCUCAGAGUGACCUAGGCUAUGUUCCUGCUAUUCAAGGAGCUGAAGAGAUUGACAGUCUUGUAGAUUCUGAUUUCCGAAUGGUGCUGCGGAAACUUUCUAAGAAAGAUGUCACGACAAAAUUAAAAGCUAUGCAGGAAUUUGGAACCAUGUGUACAGAGAGAGACACAGAAAUUGUAAAAGGAGUCCUUCCAUACUGGCCAAGAAUUUUCUGCAAAAUUUCACUUGAUCAUGAUCGCCGGGUUCGAGAAGCCACACAGCAGGCUUUUGAAAAACUUAUCCUUAAAGUGAAGAAACACUUGGCUCCUUAUUUAAAAAGUUUAAUGGGCUAUUGGCUAAUGGCUCAGUGUGAUACUUACACACCAGCUGCAUGUGCAGCAAAAGAUGCCUUUGAAGCAGCUUUCCCUCCAAGCAAGCAACCUGAAGCCAUAGCAUUUUGUAAGGAUGAAAUUACAAGUGUGCUGCAGGAUCAUCUUAUAAAAGAAACACCUGAUACACUCAGUGACCCACAAACGGUUGCAGAGGAAGAAAGAGAAGCUAAAUUCUAUCGGGUUGUAACUUGUUCCUUAUUGGCCUUAAAAAAAUUGCUUUGCCUCUUACCUGAUAAUGAGCUUGAUUCUCUGGAAGAGAAAUUUAAGUCUCUUUUAUCACAGAAUAAGUUUUGGAAGUAUGGAAAACACAGUAUACCUCAGAUCCGCUCAGCUUAUUUUGAGUUAGUUUCUGCUUUGUGCGAGCGUAUUCCACAGUUGAUGAAAGAGGAAGCAUCCAAAGUGAGCCCAUCUGUUCUACUUAGCAUUGAUGACAGUGACCCCAUUGUGUGCCCAGCUCUCUGGGAAGCUGUACUUUAUACACUUACAACUAUUGAGGACUGUUGGCUUCAUGUAAAUGCAAAAAAAAGUGUGUUUCCGAAGCUGUCAGCUGUGAUCCGUGAAGGUGGUCGGGGUCUGGCUACUGUCAUAUAUCCUUAUCUUUUGCCCUUUAUCAGCAAACUCCCUCAGACCAUUACAGAUCCAAAGUUGGAUUUCUUCAAAAAUUUCCUCACCUCUGUAGUUGCAGGGCUAUCAACAGAAAGAAUAAAAACCAGCUUUUCAGAGUGCUCAGCAGUAAUAUCAGCUUUUUUUGAAUGCUUACGUUUUAUAAUGCAACAAAACUUAGGUGAGGAAGAAAUUGAAGAGAUGCUCGUCAAUGACCAGUUGAUUCCUUUUAUUGAUGCAGUUCUCAAAGACCCAAGAUUGCAAGAUGGGCAGCUGUUUAACCAUUUAGCAGAAACUUUAAGUUCCUGGGAAACCAAAGCAAAUGUGGAGAAAGAUGAUAAAACAGCUCACAGUUUGGACAAAGUGCUGCUGAAUUUUUGGGAAAGACUCUCAGAGAUCUGUGUGGAGAAAAUCAAUGAGCCAGAAGCUGAUGUGAAAUCCGUGUCAGGUGUAUCUAACCUGCUACAGGUCCUUCAGAAGCCAAAGAGCUCGCUGAAGUCAAAUAAAAAAAAAGUUGGUAAGGUUAGAUUUACUGAUGAGCUACCAGAAAGUAAUAAAGAGAAUGAAAAAUGUGUCUCCUCAGAAGGCGAGAACAGUGAAGGCUCUGAAUUAAUGACUGAACCUUCUCUCACUCAUAAUUGUUCAGACCUUAUAUCGCCGCUAAGGAAGAAACCUUUGGAAGACUUGGUCUGUAAACUAGCAAUGAUGAGUUUUAAUUAUGUCAAUGAGCAAAAGUCGGAGCAACAUCUAAGGUUCCUUUCUACUCUGCUUAGCUCUUUCUCUUCAACCCAGGUAUUUAAAAUGCUGUUAGGUGAUGAAAAAUGGAGUAUUGUCAAAGCUAAACCUCUUGAAAUAGCCAGACUUGCACAAAAAAAUCCUGCAGUGCGGUUUUUAUACCAGAAACUGAUUGGUUGGCUAAAUGAAGAUCCAAGGAAGGAAGCUGGUUUCUUGGUGGACAUUUUGUACAGUGCCCUCCAUUGCUGUGACAAUAAUAUGGAAAGAAAAUAUGUCUUGGAUGAUCUCAUCGAGGGGGAUCUGAAAUGGAAUUCUAUUCUUCAGGUCAUUGAAAAGGCAUGUUCUAGUUCAGAUAAACAUGCUUUAGUAACUCCUUGGCUAAAAGGAGAAAUCGUUGGAGAGAAAUUGGUAACCUUGGCAGAUCAUCUUUGUAAUAAGGACUUGGAAUCCUCAGUAUCUUCUGAAUCUUACUUCUCAGAAAGAUGGGCUCUUCUAAGCUUGGUAUUAUCCCAACACAUUAAAAAUGAUUACUUGAUUGGAGAAGUAUAUGUUGAAAGAAUUAUUGUUAAACUUCAUGAAACUUUAUCCAAAGCAAAGGAAUUGUCAGAAGCUGAAAAUAAUGACUCAUCAGUGUCUUUUAUCUGUGAUGUGGCCUAUAACUAUUUCAGCUCAGCAAAAGGAUGUUUGCUAAUGCCAUCAUCUGAAGACUUAUUAUUAACUCUCUUUCAGUUAUGUGCUCAGAGCAAAGAAAAAACACAUUUGCCAGACUUUCUUAUCUGUAAACUGAAAAAUACUUGGCUCUGUGGUGUGAAUUUAUUGAUCCACCAAACUGGCAAUACAUAUAAACAGAGUACCUUCCUAUGUUUGUCUGCUCUGUGGCUGAAGAACCAAGUUCAGUCUUCAUCUUUGGAUAUCAAAAGUCUUCAAGUCCUCUUGUCUGCUGUUGAUGACUUGCUAAAUACGCUUCUAGAAAGUGAAGAUACUAAUCUUCUGGGAGUGUAUAUUGGAAGUGUAAUGCCAAGCAACAGUGAAUGGGAAAAGAUGAGACAGUCUCUUCCUAUGCAGUGGUUGCAUAGACCUCUUUUAGAAGGAAGAUUGAGUUUGAAUUAUGAGUGUUUCAAAACAGAUUUUAAAGAACAAGAUACAAAGAAACUUCCCAGCCAUUUGUGUACUUCAGCCUUAUUGAGCAAAAUGAUAUUAGUUGCACUGAAAAAGGAAAUAGUCCUAGAAAAUAAUGAGCUUGAGAAAAUAAUUGCAGAACUGCUCUAUUCACUGCAGUGGUAUGAGGAAUUAGACAAUCCACCUAUUUUCCUAACUGGAUUUUGUGAAAUGCUUCAAAAGAUGAAUAUUACAUAUGAUAACUUGUGUGGACUUGGUAAUACUUCUGGCCUUUUACAGCUGUUAUUUAACAGAUCCAUGGAAAAUGGCACCCUUUGGUCUCUCAUUAUUGCUAAGUUGAUCCUUUCCCGAAGUGUUUCAUCUGAUGAAGUAAAACGGCAUUAUAGGAGAAAAGAAGGUUUUUUCCCACUAACGGAAGGUAAUAUGCAUACCAUUCAAAGUCUCUGUCCGUUUUUGUCAAAAGAAGACAAGAAAGAAUUCAUUGCUCAAUGUAUACCUCCCCUUUUGGCCUGGACUAAGGAAGAUCUUUGCAGUACUAAUGGAGGUUUUGGACAUCUUGCCAUUUUCAAUUCUUGCCUGCAAACCAGAAGCAUAGAUGAUGGGGAGCUAUUACAUGGUAUAUUAAAAAUUCUAAUAUCCUGGAAGAAAGAUCAUGAAGAUAUUUUUCUUUUCAGUUGUAAUCUAUCAGAAGUAAGUCCAGAGAUACUAGGUGUAAAUAUAGAAAUAAUCCGGUUCCUUUCCCUGUUUCUGAAAUACUGCUCAUCUCCUUUGGCAGAGAGUGAAUGGGACUUCAUCAUGUGCUCCAUGUUGGCUUGGUUGGAGACAACAAGUGAGAAUCAUGCAUUGUAUUCUGUUCCACUUAUACAACUGUUUGCCUGUGUCAGCUGUGGUUUGGCCUGUGAGCUCAGUGCUUUUUUCGAUUCUGCAACUCUGGAUACCAUUGGCAAUCUCCCUGUAAAUCUAAUCAGUGAAUGGAAAGAAUUUUUUUCCCAAGGCAUCCACAGUUUGCUUUUACCUCUUUUGGUGACUGUUACAGAAAGUGAAGAUACAUCUGAAACAUCCUUUCAGAAUGCAAUGCUGAAGCCCAUGUGUGAAACAUUAACGUAUAUCCCGAAAGACCAGCUGUUGAGUCAGAAACUCCCUUCAAGAUUGGUUGCUGGCCAAAAAACAAACUUACCAGAGUAUCUCCAGACUUUGUUAAAUACAUUGGCCCCAUUACUCCUCUACAGAGCUCGGCCUGUGCAAAUUGCUGUUUACCAUAUGCUAUACAAAUUGAUGCCUGAAUUACCACAAUAUGAUCAGGAUAAUCUAAAGUCAUAUGGAGAUGAAGAAGAAGAACCAGCCUUGUCACCACCAGCAGCACUGAUGUCUCUUCUUAGAACUCAGGAGGACUUGCUAGAAAAUGUUUUGGGGUGUAUUCCUGUUGGACAGAUAGUAACUAUUAAGCCACUGAGUGAAGACUUCUGCUAUGUUCUGGGAUACCUCCUCACCUGGAAAUUAAUACUUACUUUCUUCAAAGCUGCGUCAUCUCAGCUUCGGGCACUGUACUCAAUGUACCUUCGAAAAACAAAAAGUUUGAAUAAAUUGCUCUAUCACCUGUUCAGACUUAUGCCAGAAAAUCCGACCUAUGCAGAGACAGCUAUUGAGCUCUCAAAUAAGGACCCUAAAACAUUCUUUACAGAAGAGCUCCAGUUGAGUAUUAGAGAAACAGCAACUCUUCCCUACCAUAUCCCACACUUGGCUUGUUCAGUCUAUCAUAUGACAUUAAAAGACUUGCCUGCCAUGGUUAGGCUGUGGUGGAAUAGUAGUGAGAAGCGUGUUUUCAAUAUUGUAGAUAGAUUUACAAGCAAGUAUGUCAGCAAUGUUCUUUCCUUUCAAGAAAUUUCUUCUGUGCAAACAAGUACACAACUAUUUAAUGGCAUGACGGUUAAAGCUCGAGCUACUACCCGAGAAGUGAUGGCUACUUACACUAUUGAGGACAUAGUUAUUGAACUUAUAAUACAGCUGCCUUCCAAUUACCCCCUGGGGUCAAUAACCGUGGAGAGUGGGAAAAGAGUAGGUGUGGCUGUUCAGCAGUGGCGGAACUGGAUGCUGCAGUUAAGCACUUACCUCACCCAUCAGAAUGGAAGUAUUAUGGAAGGCCUAGCCUUAUGGAAAAAUAAUGUAGACAAACGUUUUGAGGGUGUUGAAGAUUGCAUGAUAUGUUUCUCAGUCAUUCAUGGUUUCAACUAUUCUCUUCCCAAAAAAGCCUGUAGAACAUGCAAGAAAAAGUUCCAUUCAGCCUGCUUGUACAAAUGGUUUACGUCUAGCAACAAAUCCACUUGUCCACUCUGUCGUGAGACCUUUUUCUGAAUUUUUUCCUUCCAUUGGAAGUGAUCCCUGAAGUAAAUCAAGCAAAGACUGUGGAUCUGGAUCCAUCUUAAAGUGUUGAUGGGAGGAGGCCAGUGAGCAUUCCUUUAAAUAGGACCUUCUCUGGAAAAUUAUUUUGGUUAAAGUAAUGAUCCUAAAAUCAGGUUUACUUAUCUUUAGAUUGCUUUGUAAAUGUUUGGAAACCUUUUCUUUUACAUAAGAAUAUUACGUAUUUGAGAGAAAAUAUUUAUAUUAAUAGUUUAAUCUUUUUGUAUAUUUAAAAAUAAAUAUGGAAAAACUCUAAAUUACAGAAUUGGAAUUUGUGAAAGCACUGUACAACUGUAUUAUGCUAAAAAGCCCAUUCAGUUUGUUGAUCUAUGUUCUAGAAGAGUCCAAGUGAGACAAAUGAAUUGAGAGUUGAUUUAUAUCUACAGAUAUUUUAGGACUUAUUUAUUAGUUAUGACAACAAAAUUAAUUAGUAUUCUGAUAUUUGUAGAUUAUUUUAAUGAUAAAAAUGAGGCUAAGCUAUUAAUAUAGCUUAUCAUAAGCUAUUUGAAGCAUGCUCUGAAAUCCUAUGUAAAAGAGUGUAAGCUGAACUUCAAGGUGUCUCCAUUAAUCAAGGGUUAUGAAAUUCAGAAAAUUAAAUACACGGCACUGACCUUUUGCUGUGGAAGAAUUUCCAUGUAUUAGUGAAAUUUGAAUUGCAGACUUGUCAGUGAACUUACUACUCAGUUUGAGUGAGUCUCUAGAGGGUAUGAAUUUGAGAAAAACAAUUAGAUUAUUUCAUUCAUGAAGCAGAGUGGUAGUUAUCCCUCUAUUUAGAGGGAAGAAAUAAAUAUUUCUGAAACUUAAAAUUGGUGGAAAAAACAAAAAUUUAAAAUGUCAUAGGAGGCUUUCAAUUUUGUAAGCAAAUUUUGCUAUUCUUACUGGCCAGAGUUACACUUCAUUAGAGAUUUGGGGGAGCUUAUUUUUUCCAGCCUUUAGAAGUACAAGUUAAUGAUUUUAGUACUAAGUAAAAUUCAGUAUAAUGGGCUGAAGUGGAAUAGGUAAUACCUGCCAUUUGCCACAGCACUGUUACCCUUAAAAAAUUGUGCCCAAGUUAUAAAAUUUUGGAAGUUUGGAACUUGAAAUAAUUUUAUUGCAGUCUUCCAUUACAUGGGAAAUAUUAGCAUAUCUGAUAGCAAGCUUACUUGAAAGAUCAGCUAAUCAUCUCUGUUACAAAUGUUUAAUUGGCAAAAGCAAGUCAUAUUAAAUAAAAUCACUGCUUACCAUCAA